AUGGAAGUCCCCAAUAUCCCGAGUGGUUCUGGAAAGCGCAACACAUAUUCACUUGAUCAAGAUGUGGAAUUUCAGAGCAAGGACGACAAAAUCGGCACUCCCAGAGAAGACACGAGUCGAAUUUACAACUCAACGCUGAGGAGUAGGGCCGUCUUCCUCCUGACCCUGCGCCGAUCGUUUCCCAAAGGACGCCAAUUCCUUCACCCCAUGGCUUGCACAGAUCAAGGCCAUCAGCCUAAAUCACAUUAUGGACAUCACAUCACAUGCAUCAGAUCAUGUUCAGCAGAUGAAUUGGGGAAAGCGAUUGAAAUACCAAAGCAUCGAGACAAUGAAGCAGGAGUCUCUUACUUUGGCAAAUACAAUGAAAACAUGGUCUUUGUGCACGAGAAAAAGAAUUUUUCUCCUUUGAAGGAUACUCUCACAAGACUGACUUGGCAGUUGAGAUUAUCAGAAAACAUCAAAGAACUAAGAAUUCUUCUUUGUCUGGGAUAUACGAUUGACUUGCCUUUACCAGAGAGGCCUUCGCUGACCCAGGAGUACAUCCAUCAUGUGAUAUACGCUAUCCCUGGGAAGCACGUUAUAUCAUUGCGAGAUAUGUUAAGUUUAACAAAUAUUCAUCAAUUUCAGUCAUCACUUUCGCGUACUAUGCGAUUCGAGAUUGCUCAAUCCCUCGCUCGAUCCAUUCUCUACCUACAUACAGCUGAGUGGCUUCACAGAGGAACCAGAAGCAGCAAUGUGUUAUUCUGUUCGGAUGUGGACUUCCCUGAUACUCAUCAGCGACUCUCCCCCCCAUAUUUAGCUGGCUUCGAUUAUACUUAUCUACCGUCUGACGAUGAGAUUAUGAACGCCAAAGUUCAGACUGGAUUUAAAGAAUGGCAGCUCUAUCGACAUCCAAAUGUACUGCGUGAACCCACCACUUGGCUAGAUGCAGCUCUCGGUGAUAAUGAUAAGGCCUUCUCAAAAAACCACGAUAUCUGUGGCUUAGGAGUGAUUCUUGUUGAAUUAGGCGUUUGCAAGUCAGCUGCUCGACUAUGGAAAAAAAGCUCGCGAGACAAGUGUAAUGGCGAGAGCAAAUGCCAGAGGUAUCUCAUUACCGAGCUCAUUCCUGAAGUCAGUUCAAUAAUGGGCUCUAAAAAUGCGGAUGUCGCCUGA